CAAGCAUUUUGACUUUUCUCUUCCUCCUUUUACUUUUCCCCUCUCCCCACUCUUACCUCUCUCACCUUUCACUUCUCGCUUUUCUUCUUCCUCUCAUUCCAUCACUCAUUCCUCCCCAUUCGACGCCAUACUUUUGAACAGUUAGCAGUCAGCCUUAGUAGAUCCCACCUGAUCUCAUUAACUUGUAUCGAACUGACGGAAUGAUUCCACGCACAAUUAUCGCAGCUCACUUGGCCCGCUCUACCACCCUGCGCGCCUCGUUUGCCUAUCCUUCUUGUGUUUCACGCACAGCUGUUCGCUGCUUUAUCAAUUCGAGAGGAUCAUCAUGUGAAACACAGCAACGCAGCUACUCAGGCAGUACCUCUGCUGCUCAGUCUGAGAAGGAAACAAUCACAAAGUUGUUAUAUAACAUUGGUUCACGAAAGGAAGUUGAACAAUACUUGCGUCAUUUCUCCUCAGUCGAGUCCCAAAAGUUUGCUGUUAUCAAGGUGGGAGGGGCCGUUUUAACGGACGAGCUCGAUACCCUCACUUCCGCUAUUACUUUUCUCAACCGCGUGGGGCUUUAUCCCAUCGUCCUUCAUGGCGCUGGUCCUCAGUUAAACAAUCUCCUUGAAAAGGCUGGCGUGGUGCCCGACUACCAUGAUGGGAUCCGCAUCACAGAUGAGAAGACCCUCGAGAUUGCCCGCAAGGUAUUUAUGGCGGAGAACCUCAAGCUUGUCGAAUCGCUAGAAAAAAUGGGGACUCGAGCUCGGCCCUUGCCUGGCGGCGUAUUUACGGCCCAAUACCUCGAUAAAGAGAGAUAUGGUUUUGUUGGCAAGAUUACGGGCGUGAAUAAGGAAGUGAUUGAGGCUUCUAUUCGGGCUGGCGCACUGCCCAUUCUCACAAGUUUAGCAGAAACACCUUCUGGACAGAUUUUAAAUGUCAACGCUGAUGUCGCUGCUGGGGAGCUCGCUCGCGUGCUAGAGCCGCUUAAAAUUGUAUAUCUGAAUGAGAAGAACGGUUUAUACAAUGGAGAGACUGGCAAAAAGAUUGAUGUUAUCAAUCUUGAUGAGGAAUAUGAGGAUUUACUUAAGCAACCUUGGGUGAAGUAUGGUACGAAGCUGAAAAUUAAAGAGAUUAAGGAGCUUUUGGACCAUCUGCCUCGGAGCUCAUCCGUGGCCAUCAUUUCUGCUGGGCACUUACACAAAGAGCUGUUUACAGACUCUGGUGCUGGUACGCUCAUACGCCGCGGAUUUAAGUUGUUCCACCAUAAUUCGCUUCAGCAAUUGGAUAAGGACCGUUUCCGAAAGAUCAUGGAGCGAGAAGACCCUACAGUCAAGUCUGGCCAAAUUAGCGUGUCUUCUUACCUACAUCAACUCGAGAAUUCCAAGGAAGGGUUCAAAGCCUAUGGUGAUGAGCCUUACGAAGUGCUCGCAGUUGUCAGAAACAAUGACGAGGCAGGCUCAGGUGUGCCAAAACUGGACAAGUUCAUUGCCACUAAGGCCGCGGUUCUUAAUAAUGUUACGGACAAUGUCUGGGCUCUGCUCUCUAAGGAUUAUCCUGCAUUAACUUGGGAGGUGGAUGAGAAUGACGCCAACAAAGGUUGGCACUUUGAUAAGGCUGAAGGAAGCUUUACCAAGGGUGGUAAGACUCUGUUCUGGAAAGGAUUGAGUGACAUCGGUACGAUCGAAAAGGUCGUAUCUAACUUUUUGGAUUCCCAGAGCAAGAGGGCUGUAAAUGCUGCCACGUCAGGAGGAUCAUUUGCUGCGGGACAGCGUCGCUCGUUCUCAACUAUGAAGCAGGCUUCCAGAUCGUUGGCCGUGGGUAGCCGCCGCAUGUUCUCGACUUCUACAUCAUCUCAGCGUGAUGUCAAGAAGAUCGGUCUCAUUGGAGCUCGCGGCUAUACUGGACAGGAGUUGAUUCGUUUAGUUAAUAAUCACCCAUCUCUUGAAAUUUCGUUUGUGUCAUCUCGUGAGCUGGAGGGAAAGCCUUUGGAAGGCUACACCAAGAGCUCUAUUAAUUAUGUCAAUCUUUCUGCCGAGCAGGUCAAAGAAAAGACCAAGUCUGGCGAAGUCGAUGCAUGGAUCCUUGCUUUGCCUAAUGGUGUAUGCAAGCCCUUUGUAGAAGCCGUUGAGAGUAUUGAGGAAGGCAGGAAGAUGGUGUUGUGUGAUCUCAGUGCCGAUUUCCGUUUCACAGACUCAUGGACCUAUGGCCUUCCUGAGUUCAAUCGUGCCAAAAUCCCUGGCGCAACACGUAUUUCUAAUCCAGGAUGCUAUGCAACGGGCUCUCAGUUAGCCAUCCGCCCAUUACUUAGUCACCUUGGAGGAGCUCCUUCGAUUUUUGGCGUUUCUGGCUAUUCAGGUGCAGGGACGAAGCCUUCCCCCAACAAUGACUUGAAUAACCUUACAGAUAACUUGAUCCCAUACUCAUUGACCAACCACAUUCAUGAACGUGAGGUCUCUCACCACUUAGGGUAUGAUGUCAACUUCAUGCCUCAUGUUGCACCAUUCUUCCAAGGUAUUUCCUUGACAGUUAAUAUGCCAUUGAACAAAACUAUGACUGCAGGCGACAUUCGAGAGCUGUAUGAGGUCGCAUAUGGUGAUGAGAAGUUGGUGCAUGUGAUCAAAGGUGUACCAUGGGUGAAAGAGAACUCUGGGAAGCAUUUUGCACGAAUUGGUGGGUUUGGUGUUCAUUCAAGCGGGAAGAGGGUGGUCGUUGUGGCUACGAUCGACAACCUGUUGAAAGGUGCUGCUACCCAAGCUGUUCAGAAUCUGAAUCUCGCGCUUGGUUUGGGUGAAUACACAGGCAUUCCUUUGGAUUGAGAUUGAUCACAGAAAUAAAGUUUUUUAAUAUGAUAAAAUGUUAAAUAUAAAUGUUCGUUGGGGGUGGCUCCAGUAUAAGCUAGCCAGAGAAGGAGCUCUGUAGUGUAAUUUAUGAUAAUUUAAAUAAAGAACACUGCGCGUGG